GUCGUGGCUGUGGCUCAUUGUAGCCGUUGGAAAGUAUGAAGAAACGACCUUUUGAAACAAAUAUAAAUACUAAACGAAAAGAAGGGGCUACCUUAUCUAUCCAUGACGGGCAAUUGCGGGAAAAGAAAGAAAAAGGGGCCUACAUGGAAACAAACAAUCAGCCCCUGAGCCAGACACAAUGCAACACAAUAAUGCCAAGACACAAACGUUAACCAACCAUGAUUUUGUCCAUAACUGUACAACAUAACGAAACUCACUCUCCGUUUUUUUCAUCGUAAUUCGGGCUCGUCCUGUUACUGCCUGCUCUUCCUCGGCAAAACUGAAACCCCAACACCCAAAGGAAUAAGUGAUUGGUUCAUGGCUGAAAGUGAUAUAACAGCCAUGAAGGAGACGCUCCGUGCGCAACAGCAACUUCUGCAGAAGCUGUAUGCAGAGUUGGAUGAGGAAAGAGAAGCCUCAGCAACCGCAGCCAGUGAAGCCAUGGACAUGAUAGUGCGGUUGCAAGGGGAGACGGCCGCGGUGAAGAUGGAAGCGAGUCACUACAGGAGAAUGGCAGAGGAGAAGAUAGGUCAUGCUGAGGCCAGCCUUGAAGUUUUUGAAGAGCUUAUGUAUCAGAAGGAGAUGGAAAUUACUUCUCUUGAGUAUCAAGCCCUGGCUUAUAAGAACAAACUUCUCACGUUGGGGUCUGAUUUCAAUGCUAGUGAUUUUGAAUUCGAUGAGGACCUGUUGUUGAGUAGACAUGAUCAACAACAUAAUGGAGAAAAUGGUCAUGCUAGUAACGCGGUAAGAAGGCUAAGUUCACUGCCCCCAAUUCCGUUAAAGAAUAACUUGAGAUCUGCUAGGAAGAGAGAUAGAUCACCUAGUCCUGUUCCAAUUCCAGUUUCAGAUAUGGUUCCUAACAUGUUGGAGAGUGAUACUGAUCAAGAAGUUUCUUCUCCAAGCUUCGAUUUGCCAAGAAAAUCGGUAGACUAUGGACAUGGAACUCUUGAUGCAUACUGGGACCAGAUUCAAAAGUUAGAUGAAAAAGUGAAAGUGAUUUCAGAUUGCAAAGAAUCAGGAGGAGAAAAACGUGCCACAUUGAGGAGUAGAAGAGGGAGAUCGUGCUCAGUGUUUUCACAAGCAAGCACUAAGAUAACCUGUGACUUAAAAGAUAGAGUAGCAGCCUCUACUACUACUAGUUCAGAUAAAGUAAAUCACAGUGAAGGUACAUCAGAUGGAGAAGCAGUUGCUAUUCCCUCAUGCCCCGGUAAUAGUGUCCAUGAUGUGUUUGAAGUCCCACAAACAAGUCAAAAGCAUAAAGCAAGUGGACAUGGGAAGAGAAGACUUGAGAGAUGGAGUUCAGAAGCAGAUAACAGAUUGACAAAACCGGAUUCGGUGUCUGAGGAAGCCGCCGAAUUGCAUGUUAAACAUGACAUGGACAAGCUAAAGAGCAUGCUUAGAGGGAAUCGUGAGAUCAAAAUACCUAGCACCAAAGAUAUGAAGACCAUUGUUUGGCAGAAAAAAGAAGGGAUGGAAGGGGAUUGCAAUGCUCAUGCUGAGUUUCAAAAGUUGCAUCAGAGAAUUGAUCAGCUUGAUAGGGAGACAAUCAAUGCAAGGAAAGAGAUUAUGCAUGAAGUGAAUGGGAAAGAGCAUUUGAGGUUGUUGAAGGACAUAUGCAGUCAACUAAAAUUAAUUGAGUUAGAGAUGAGAAGCUGGAAAACCCAAAAAGCACCACCUAAGAGUAAUAAGAGGGAUAAUCGUUUGGAUCCUCUUCAAGAGGCAAUGGUGUACUUCUGGUUUUGAUCUAGUGAAUUCAGAAUGACAAUCUCAGAUAUCAAUUAACUCGGUGCAUCAUUAGAUGUCCACAAAGAGGAUUAUAUGUGGUAUUAGUAUAGGCAGGUAGAAUAGAUCUUCUAAACCGAAUUUUAGUUACUGAGAAAUGUAUAUACCUUUUUCAUAAUUCCAUAUUUAACAAUGUGCACAAGUAUGAGUGUGACUUGAAAUUCUUGUGUGGUUCAGUAUGGUUUCUUGUGUUUUCCCCCCAAAGAAUAUACAUGACUUAGAGGAUUAAAAAUUUCUAGCAAAA